AUGUCUAUAGACACCCAGAAGCUACCGGCGUUCCCCCCGCUCGCUACGGUCGAGCAAAUCGUCCUCAAGGAGAAGCGAGGAAACUGCGUCCCGGUAUACGUGGAGCUUCCCGGAGACCUCCUCACACCAUGUGUAGCAUAUCUCCGGAUUGCGAAGGACUCAAAGUACAGUUUCCUCUUGGAAUCAGUGGUCGCGGGAGAGAACUUGGCGCGGUAUAGUUUCAUCGGCGCAGAUCCCUUCAAGAUUAUCCGGGUUGGUCCCAAUGAAGAAGUCACUGGAGAUCCCAUGGUCGCGCUGCAGAAGGAGCUCGGGAUGUACAAGUACGUGAAGCUCCCCGAGGUACCGACAUUCACUGGCGGCGCGAUCGGGUACGUGGGGUACGAUUCCAUCCAGCACUUCGAGCCCAAGACUGCGCGCCCGCUCGAGGACCCCCUGCGUAUCCCCGAAGCCAUAUUCAUGCUGGUUGACACCCUCCUCAUCUACGACCAUCUCUACCAAAACCUCAAGGUCGUCUCUCACGUUCACUGUCCCGGAGAUGCGAGCCAGGUCAACCUCUCCUUCAUCUACCAGACCGCAGUGUCGAAGGCGCGGCGGUUAGCGAAGCUCGUUAUGAGCGGCGCGACCCCCGAGGUGUAUCAGCAACCUAUCGUCCUCGGAAACGAGGCGGUCUCGAACGUGGGGAAGGAAGGAUACGAGGGCUUCGUGACGAAAUUGAAGGAGCACAUCGUGAAGGGCGAUAUCAUCCAGGCCGUCCCUUCGCAGCGACUCGCACGACCAACCACUCUGCACCCUUUCAAUGCGUACCGGCACUUGCGGCGCAUCAACCCCAGCCCAUACAUGUUCUAUCUCGAUUGCGGUCACUUGCAGAUCGUCGGCGCGAGUCCGGAGACGCUUUGCAAGGUCGAGAAGAACAAGGUGUACAACCACGCUAUCGCGGGUACAAUCCGAAGAGGACAAACUGUUGAAGAGGACGAGAAGCUCGGUGCCGAACUGCUCGCAUCAGAGAAAGACAGAGCAGAACAUAUCAUGCUGGUCGAUCUUGCACGAAACGACGUCAACAGGGUAGCCAGGCCUGAAACCGUGCACGUCGACCACCUUCUACGACUGGAGAAGUUCAGUCACGUCAUCCAUCUCACUUCUCAAGUCUCGGGUCUGCUACGAGAAGGGAAGACAAGAUUCGACGCCUUCCGGUCUAUCUUCCCAGCAGGCACGGUCUCGGGAGCCCCGAAGAUUAAGGCGAUCGAACUCAUCUACGAGCUGGAGGGGCAGCGCCGCGGAAUCUAUGCUGGUGCGGUCGGCCGCUUCGACUUUGCAGAUGAUGAAAUGGAUACUUGCAUCGCCAUUCGUACAAUGGCGUUCAAGGACGGUAUUGCAUACCUACAAGCAGGUGGUGGGAUUGUCUUCGACAGCGUAGAGGAGGAUGAGUACGUGGAGACCAUUAACAAAUUGAAGGGUAACAUGCGUGCUCUGGAAGCGGCUGAAAAGUAUUGGUAUGAUAUCCAGAACGCCAAGGUCGCACCGGCACCAUGAUGUGUAUUAGAGGACAUAAUGUAGUAGUAGUGAUCUAUGCCAUGUGCUGUUCCCUGGGCCGUGACGGUCUCCUGCUUGCUGCUCGUGCCGCUUUUGCCUGUUCUUCGUGGUAAAUCGCCACCCCUUCGCGACCUGCUACGCUCAGCAGUCCACCAAUUAGCUCCGCCGUCCGGGUGCUCUCGUCGUUAGCGGGGAUGGGGUACAUGACAACCCGAGGGUCGACGUUCGAGUCGACAAUGCCGAUCGUAGGCACAUGCUCGAGUGCACAUUCCCGGAUGGCGUGGAUGUUGGGGAUGGGGUUGAGGAAGACCACGAGGUCUGGAACGACCUGCUCGUCCCGGGCGACCUCAGGACCGAACAUGUGGACCUUGUUCGUCAAUGUGCCCGGAAGCCACCGUUCGCCGACGUGGUAGCCCUGCUUUCCCAUGCGCUCUGCGGCGAGGCGAACGGUCGAGCGAAGGUCCGCCCGAGUCCCGACGAAAACGAUGGAACCGCCUCGUGCAGCAACACCACGCACGACCUGCGCUGCUCGACGGAGUAGCGGGAGGGUGUGGUCGAGAUCGAUGAUGGUGAUACCGGCGCGAGUACCGUACGCAUAGGGCACAAAGUUUGGGUUCAUCCGUGUGUGGGAGUGACCGAAGUGUGCGCCAGAGGCAAUGAGGGCGGAGAGCGUGAUGUCGGAGGGGGCUACGGGUCGGUGGAGGGUGUGGUGAGGCUGGAAGGUGUUGUCUCGUGUCUGCGUUGAGCCAUAUUCGCUGAACGUUUCGAUCAGGGACUUGUACUCGGCCCGUUUGAGCUGGAGGUUAGUCCAGUCCUCUGGCGCCUCUAGUGGGGUCUCCUCGACCUUGGCGAAGGAGGAAUUUUGUCGGGCGUUGACAGCGACCGACGCCCGCACGGACGACCGGGAGCACCUGGCUGCAGAGACGGCGCCGCGUC